AUAUUCAUCAAGACCUUCGAUGGGAAAAACAUAACAUACAGAGACGUAGACCUGGAGAGCACCACAGUUGACGACAUGAAGAUGCUUAUCAAGGAUCGGCAAGGCAUUGAUCCUAAACAACAGCGUCUUAUUUGCCUUGGGAAACAGCUGGAGGACGGGCAACUCUUGAACGCGUACAACAUAAGAGAUAGUGUGAUAGUUCAUCUU